CUCUCUCCCACUUUGACAGCCAAUAACUUUUAUAAAUAAUGGCAAAGCUUCACGUAGAAUUUGGCGUCUCUUCCCUCCUCCUCUUCGGUAUUCUCUCUCUCUCCUUCUCUUUCUUCCUGUCUGACUGUCUGUUUUAUUUAUGUGAUAAAAAUGUAUGGGAGGAAAUCAUGGGUACUGUAGCAGGAAGAAGCGAAGUGAAGAUCUAAAGCCAUCUCUCCUACGCCUUCUUUGUUGCUUCUUUCUGGAUUUGGGAGGAGUAAACAGGAAGCCGUAAACUGCAGGGUCUUCCUCUUCGGGUUUCCGUGCUCUGAGCAUAUUCCUGCGCCAGUUGUUCCUCCUCCGAUUGCGUUAUUGGGGCUUGGCCGGAUAUCGGGAAGGAAUCGGCCGGUGAUUGUUCGAUCCCCGGGAAAGGCCCUUCGUGUUGUUUCGGUUCCUACAUCCGAUCCUCUUCCCUCUCGCUUCUAGGUGGUGUUGAAUUUCUGGUGCUUUCUUUACUCGCUGAUUGCUUGCUGGUCAAACAUUUCUCUUUUUACUGAAAGGCCGAAGCCUCUCAAAUCCCGAUUUUCUGAAGACUUUUGGUAAAGGUCUAUACUGUAAUAGGUUCGUAUAGGAAGCGGGAAAGAAGAACGGGAAAGAGAGAUAAUACAAAGGGAAACGAGUGAUGAUUGAAUUAGGGACAGUUUCCGGUAGAAGUUCCUCCUUUUUCUGCUUUUGGGACUUUCUUUGAUUGCUGGAGCGCGUUCCUGGAAACAAGUAGAGAUCAGAAAGAAAGAGAGAAAGUGAGAUUUGAUAAUUCUUCCGUCAUCAUCGAUUAAGGUUUAAGGUUUUGAAAUCUGCAACUGCUCAUCUCCAUCGACCAAGGCAAAAGAGAAAGGAAGAAAGUUAGGAAAAGGAAGAAAAGGAGAAAACACGGCCUUCUCUUCUCCUUUCUUUCGGUGUUUAUCUUGCUCGAGGCAGUCUUCCCCGCCCGUCACAGUGGAGCCGGUCGAACAAUCUCAUUAAAGAAGGAAAAGAAAACAAGGAAAAGAAGAGGCCGGAAAGUGAUUUGGACUUCGGUUGGAAGAUGCAGUUAGAGAAAGGUGGAAAUUCCGUGAUUCUUUUAGGGUUUCAGAUGUUCCUUUAGUGUGAAAAGAAGAUUUCUUUUUCAGGAGGGGAAAAAGGGAAGAAAAAGAGGGAAAAGAGCCAAAAGGGAGCCCAUUUAGUUUCUUAUAGCCUCCUGAUUUCCAGCUAAGCGAGGAAGAAGAGGCGUGCUAUUACUUUCCGAGCAAACAGGCCGUCGAGAAUUCACGGUCUUCGUCGAUGGAUUUCGCCGAACCAGGCGCAGCGGCCAGCCUCAUGCGCUACCGUUCCGCUCCUGGCAUGCUCCUGGCCGGUCACCUCGCCGAUGAAGCCGACGGAGACGAAGCUGCAACAACAGAGAAAGCUUUGGCCAGAUUCCUCUCCGGCAACUCUUCAUGUCUCACGUCGGAGACCAGGGGUCACUUCCGGACGACGGGAGAGGAGAAGGAAGAACCGACCCAGAACCCGCAGAGAGGUGGCCAAUUCGCGGCAACAUCCUCAUCGAUGAUGUACGGGACAAUGACGGCGGGCGAGGGAGGGGUCGGCAUGGACGCUGCCGCCGGGACAACCCACGCUAUCGGAGGGCUCGUCAGGCACAGCAGCUCGCCGGCCGGAUUGUUCUCCCACCUGACGGUCGAUAACGGAUUCUCGUUGAUGAGAAACAUUAACUGCGAGCCGGCAGCCGGGAGCCGGUUGAGAACGCAACUGAGCUUUCCAAGCCAGGCGUCGUCGACGUGCCGCCUGCCCCAGAUACCUGAAAACUUGGAGGAGGGUGGCUUGGCGAACGGGAGAAGCUCCGGUCGGUGCGGCUACACUCCUGGCUUUCCCGGCGUCUCGUGGGACGACUCGCAAAUCGUGUCGGAAAACGUCUCAGCUGUGCAGAGGAGGGAUCUGGACUGCAAGGUGAUGCCCCCGGGUUUUAACAUCUCCCGCCCUCAGAACGGAGACCCAUUCGUGCACCGCGGGCAUGGCUUGGCUCAUCAGUUCAGCCUGCCCAAGACGUCCUCGGAGAUGGCGGCCGUGGAGAAGCUUCUGCAGAUACAUGACUCCGUCCCCUGCAAAGUCCGGGCCAAGCGCGGCUGCGCCACGCACCCUCGAAGCAUAGCCGAGCGAGUAAGAAGAUCGCGAAUAAGUGAACGGAUGAGAAAGCUUCAAGAGCUCGUGCCCAACAUGGAUAAGCAAACGAACACCGCGGACAUGUUGGAGUUGGCAGUGGACUACAUCAAAGACCUGCAGAAGAAGGUCCAGGCACUUGCCGAAAGUCGUUCAAGCUGUACGUGCGGCAGUCGGCAGAAGUCGCAUCCGAGCUCCUGAAUGUCAAAUUCUGUGCAAAAGGAAAGGAAAAGGUUGAAGAAGAAGUAGAGAAAAAGAGAGAUGCAGAGAGGGGGAGGGGAAAUAGUUGGUUGAAAGCAAAGUAUGGUGAUCUCGCACCACUCUGACGAGAUAUCCACGUAUCUUUUGGCACUAUGGGAGUGUGUUUAAAGUAGGUAGGUUGUGUGCUAGAUGGGGCACCGAUCCGAUGGAUUUACUUUUUUCCUUUUCCACUUUCCAGUUUGUGGCCUGCAGCAGCUGUGUAAAAUGAAAAUCCCGGCCUUCAUCUGUCUGUAUCACCUCCAUCAUUUGUCACGGUUUUUAGUGACCCACGUAAUAAGGGUUCGGUCUUUUCCUUUA